UACCAGUCAGGAAAUUGAACUUGAAGACCAUGGCGUAUCAAUGUUUAUACCUCCGGUGGCUGUCCAUCAGAGUGACCGAUGCAAGAUCACCUUAACCCUCUUACGAGACCUUCCAAGUGUUGACAUCCAAGAUGAUGAAUCAGUGGCCUGCUACGGGAUCAGAUGUGACCCUCCAAACAUGAUCUUCCACCAACCUGUUAAGAUCAGGAUACCACACUCUACUUUGGCCAUCAACCCUGAUCAAGUGAAACCAGACAUCGUUUCCCAUGUAUGGGAUUCUGUAAACCAUCUACCAAGAACAUCCAGAAUGCCAUCAUCCAGCUCGCCAGACGAACCACCAUACUGCAGAGUGUACAAGAGACAUUUUGAGCUGUACAUUGGUCACUGUGCUGAGUGGUGGGUUCUUAUUCCUCUUGAACAGCAGGUGAUCCGACACCAACUUAUGUGCACUCCAUACAUCCCGGAUAAGAUAGAAAGAGGCAAAGAGAUUGAAGUUCAUCUCCAUAUCCAUGCGAACCUUCCUGGGAUGGACGCGGAAGUUCAAGAGGAGGAGAGAAAGCAGUCAUACCACAAGAUUCAUCCCUCGGUUCCGAUCAGUAUUGCAACAAAGUCUGGUGACGUUCAAGUCACAUGCUGUCGUCAGGAUGAGAUUGAGCAAAGGAAGAGGUAUGAGCUUCAAACCUUCAAACCAAGUUUGUAUCUCGAUAGGAAGACGAUCCCAUUUAGAGGAGCUAGGUUAUUGGUCAAAGAUGGACUGAAGUAUGAACCUUCUUUAGAACCCGCUUCCUUCGUUCGGGUAGUUGAAGAAGUCUCGAGGAGUGACCUCCAAGACAUCGAUGUCCACAACAUUGCUGAAAAGAUGACAGUGGAUCAGUUUUAUGAUCUGGGGAUAGCUCUCGGUUUCCGAAUUCAACAGUUGGAUGUCAUAGAAUACAGGAGGUUCAGAGACAGGCAGCUGGCCAUCUAUGACAUGUUGGUAACAUGGCGACAGGCACAACCCUCUGGUCGAGAAGCAAAGGAAACGUUACUUUCACUCAUGAAAUCUUUAGACUCACCUGCUGAGGAGAUGGAGAUGACAGGUUUGCCGAUGACAAUCUAA